UCGGGACCAGGAGAGAUGACGCCGCUCCACGCCGCCCCGCCGCCGCUCUCCGCGUCGGCGGCGGUCUCGUCAUCCGCUCCACCUCUCCUCCUCGCCAAAUCUUACCAUCCCAAGGCCGCUGCUGCCUCUUGCUCGUUCGCCGUGACAGCCGCCACUCCGUCAAGAAAAGCUUUCCUCGCAUGCCCGGAUCACAGCCCGGCGGCCGGGCGGUCGCUGGCGCCGGCGCGCUCCGCCCCCGCCUCGUCCCCUGCGCUCGUCUCGGCGGUGCAGGACCUGUACGAGUUCAUGUGCAGCGGCCCGCUGGUUGACAGGAUCGGCUACACCCGGGAGAGGAUCGCCGAGUCCAUCGACCGGUGGCUCUGGUGCGGUUCGCAGGUCAGCCGGCUCUUCCGCCUCGACGAGCUCCGGCUGUCAGACGCCGAGAAGGCUAGGAUAUACCACUUCUACAUACCCGUCUUCCUCUGGUGCGAGGACCAGGUCGCCGACCACAGGUCUAAGUACAACGAGGGGGACGAGAUCCCGCCAUUAGUGAUCGGGGUCAGCGCUCCCCAAGGCAGUGGAAAGACAACUCUUGUUUUCGCACUUGAUUAUCUAUUUCGAGUUUCUGGUAGGAAUUCUGCCACGUUGUCUAUCGAUGACUUCUAUUUGACUGCAGCAGAACAGGGUAAAUUGAGGGAAACACAUCCCGGAAAUUCUCUUUUAGAGUUCCGUGGAAAUGCUGGAAGCCACGAUCUCCAGUUCUCAGUCGAGACACUUGAGUCACUGAUCAAACUAACAAAGGAAGGUAUGAAGAUGAAGGUUCCACGGUAUGACAAGUCUGCUUUCGGUGGAAGAGGUGACCGGGCUGAUCCUUCAACAUGGCCGGAGGUUGAAGGGCCCACAGAGGUUGUUCUCUUUGAAGGAUGGAUGCUGGGAUUUAAACCUCUUCCAAAUGAAGUUGUAACAGCAGUGGAUCCUCAGCUUGAGGUGGUUAAUAAGAACCUAGGUGCAUACUAUGACGCAUGGGACAGAUUCAUUGAAUCAUGGAUUGUCAUAAAAAUUAAGGAACCUAACUGUGUAUUUCAAUGGAGACUGCAGGCAGAGGUAGCUAUGAGAGCUGAUGGUAAAGCAGGGAUGUCUGACGAGGAGGUUAUGGAUUUUGUAUCACGCUACCUACCAGCAUACCAUGCGUAUUUGCCCACGCUAUAUAAAGAGGGACCAAAUGGCUCGAAGAAAGACCAUCUGCUGGUCAUUGAUAUAGACGAAGAGAGGACUCCUAUCUCUGGUAGCUGAGUCCUAAAUGUACAUACUGAAAUGGAUAUCUUGACUCAGUGGUUGAGCUUGGGAUUUCUGAUCUUUCUCAGACCAGAUAUGCCAAGCAAGCACCACCGACCUCUUUUUUCUUAUCGGUUAUAAAUUCUAAAUGUGUAAAUUCGAUGUAUACCAAAUUUUGCUAUAUAUUUAAAGAAAUUGGCCUCCCAUUUUUCUUCUUC